UGUCCACGGACUACUGUCAUGUUAUGCUCAUGUCAUCUUUACUUUUGUGAAAAAUGGCGUUUGUGUUGUGUUGAGAAAUUACAAACACGACUGUGAACAUCAAUAGUAGUUUUAUGUGGUAAUCAGUGUUAAUUUUCAUUUUCGACUAGAAUAAUAAAUCGUGGACUAAUGAGUUUGUUGACCGAUGUCUGCCGUGGCUCCCACUAUACCCGGGGCUGACCCAACCAAGGACAUACAAAAGCGUCGAGCAGGUAGUAUUGGAUCCGAUGAAGACGACGCAAGUGGUGGGAAAUAUACAAGGAUGGAGGAGGAUAAUAUUCAAGACAAAGAGAGAUUCGCGAGUCGUGAAAACCAUUGCGAAAUUGAGCGCCGCCGAAGGAACAAGAUGACGGCAUAUAUCACGGAACUAUCUGACAUGGUUCCAACAUGCUCCGCCCUCGCGCGGAAACCCGACAAACUUACUAUACUGCGAAUGGCAGUAGCACAUAUGAAAGCACUGAGAGGUACUGGAAACACAUCUACCGAUGGUACAUAUAAGCCUUCGUUCUUAACUGAUCAAGAGUUGAAACACCUCAUUCUCGAGGCAGCUGAUGGAUUUUUAUUUGUUGUUAGUUGUGAUACUGGACGUAUCAUUUACGUCAGUGAUAGUAUAGCGCCCGUACUUAACUACACUCAGGGAGAAUGGUACUCAUCGUGUUUGUACGAUCAAGUUCAUCCUGACGAUGUGGAAAAAGUACGAGAGCAGCUCAGUACACAGGAACCGCAGAAUACGGGGCGUAUUUUAGACCUCAAAACCGGCACCGUCAAAAAAGAAGGUCAUCAGUCGUCGAUGCGGCAAGUGAUGGGGUCGCGGCGCGGCUUCAUCUGCCGCCUGCGCGUGGGCGGAACGGCCGAGAGCGCGCACCUGGGCCGCCUGCGCGCGCGCAACUCGCUGGGGCCGUCGCACGACGGGCACAACUACGCCGUCGUGCACUGCACCGGCUACAUCAAAAACUGGCCGCCGACAGAUCUGUUUACAGGUAUGCAGAUGGAUCGUCCGGUCGAGGAUGAGCUGCAUGCGUCGCACUGUUGUCUGGUCGCUAUCGGAAGAUUACAGGUGACGUCGACACCGAACAGCUCGGAGAGCAGCCUGUGCGGCGGCGGCGUGGAGUUCGUGUCGCGCCACUCGGUGGACGGGCGCUUCACGUUCGCGGACCAGCGCGCCGCGCAAGUGGUGGGCUACGCGCCCGCCGACCUGCUGGGCAAGCUGUGCUACGAGUUCUACCACCCCGAGGACCAGCAGCACAUGCGCGACAACUUCGACCAAGUUUUAAAGUUGAAAGGCCAAAUCAUUUCACUCAUGUAUCGGUUUCGUACUAAAAGCAGAGAAUGGGUGUGGUUAAGGACAUCUGCUUUUGCUUUUCUGAACCCGUACAAUGAUGACGUAGAGUACAUCGUCUGCACAAAUACCCUGGCCAAUCGGUCAUUAGCGAGCACGACGGGCGAGCCGGUGGCGGAGGAGAACUACGACUACCACCUGCGGCAGCGCGACGUGUACCAGGCGGCGCCGCCCGCCAUCCACCAGCAGCAUCACGCUCCUGCAGGUGGCGUGGGCGCGCGGUCGCCGGGCGAGGGCGGCGCGGCGGGCGCGGCGUAUGCGCCGCACUACGCGCCCGAGUACUCGCCGCACCGGCCCGCCAACACCCCACCCAACACUACUUGGACCACGCUCCGUCCCAGCGGCGCGGCGGGUGCGGCGGGCGGCGGCGGCGAGAGCUACGCGUACAGCGGCGAGGGCACGGGCGCGGGCAGCCCGGCGCGCUCGCCGCCCGCGCCCGCCUACCUGCCGCCCGCGCACUACCACCACGCGCACCACGCCGCGCACGCGCCGCACGCCGCGCACCCUGCGCACCCCACACACGGCAUGUGGGCGUGGCAGGGCGGUGCCGUGGGAGCGGUGGGUGCGGUGGGUGCGGUGGGCGCGGCGGGCGCGGGCGCGGCGGCGGAGGGCCACGCCACGCACGAGCUGUCCGACAUGCUGCAAAUCCUGGACCAGAGCGGAGGUGGCGCCUUCGAAGAACUCAACAUCAACAUGUUCAAUGCUAAUUUCGAAUAGUGAUGGGCCUUUUGUGUAGCCUCAGGGGCUGCGAAACGAAACAACUGUCCGAGUGACAAAAUAAGUGUUGAGUUUUGUGUUGAUCGCUCCGAAGAUGGUUUCGCCUUUAAUGCUCCCGUACAAGUGUAUCGAUUCCAACGUGCGAUACCGAUUUUCUUCGGUGGAUACGAUUACUUUUAUCGAAGUUCAAAACAGAUAAUAUGGUGGUAAGAUAGAGUUCGUGAAUCGUUUGCGAAAUCGAAUGAUUACUUUGUAUACUUACAGAUAUUUCUCGUGUAAGUUUACCAUGAAAUAUCGAUUGUAUAUAAAUUAUUUUUUUAGAAUUAACAUAUUGCAACAUUAUAUAAAAUAAUAUUCUAAAUAUUUUGAAAAAAAUGAGUACUUUGUGGGCGAAAAUCUGGUACAUAAUUUUAUGUUGCUGCCCUAGAUAACUGAUUACUGUUUUAGUUGAAUAUACUAUUAGGUUGACACAAUUAUUACGUGCCACAAGUAUCAGGGUGUACAUAAAUAAUAAAAUAACUAAUAACAACCGACUUCUACAAACAAAGUUAGUUUUAGUUUUCGUUGACAAAAGAGAUUCUUACCGUUCUUCAUCUGUAGUACGGAAUCCUCGGUGCGCGAGUCUGACUCGCACUUGGCCGGUUUUUUUUUUUCAGCUUUCUUAGUAGUUUGGCCUGAGAUUUUUGUCCCAAAGCCACUCUUAUUUCGUUAAGCAAAAGCUUCCGUAAGACAACAUCGAGCUGGUCUCGGAUCAUAAUAUUUGGCUCGUAAGUGUUCAAUGUUUGCAGUAGUCGGUAACAAUGAAAUUCGCCCACUAAAUCAUUAUCCAUUAACAUUUUAGAAGCAAUAAAAAACAUCGAAUUGCCUCAACCACUGUUUCAUAAGUUUUCGUGCACAAAUGGCACAAUCACAUUGAUUUUGUGAGUCGUAUUAAAUGACCUUCGUCAGGUAUUACGCCAUUGUUCAAUUUUCCCAUGUGAAAUUCCCUACCAAGGCAAUUUUGAACUGUUAAUUAAGUAUAAAUGGUAUAUUAUUAUUAGUUUUACGUAUGACGAGCUUUGUUAACCAAUGCAAAAUAUUAUGUUCCAUGAAUUGCAAUUUAUUUUAGAAAUCAACUUUCCGCUUUACCUACUAUUUUUGUGUAGGUAAUGUUCUCAUUGUUGGUUAAUUUUGUAUUCUUUAGAUUUUAUACAAUAUUUAUAAUUUUUCACAGUACAGACCUAUUGUUAAAACCAGAUAAUACCUAAUAAGUAUUUAUCUGUUUUUAUUUAAUUAGUUUUGUUAGUGGGAAAAUUAAGAUGUGCUAUUAAAAUUAUGUUAGUGAUUACAGAUAAAACAUUUUAUUUUUACGUUUUAUAAUUAUUAUAAUUAGAUUGUAAUUAUAUAGGUGAGUUAAGUAGUUAUUGAAAUUAUAAGCACUUUCUCAAAUAUUAAAAUUGUGUUCUUUUAAGUCACCUUUGUAAAUUGAUUUCAGCAUUGAAAUAAUUUAAUUUAAAUAUUUCAGAGUAUUUUACAAACAACUUAUCUUUACCUACCUACUUUUUUAAGAAUGGUAAUUUGUAAACUUUUGAUUGCAAAUCUCAGAACUCUGAAUAAAUAGGUAAAAUUGCCAUCCUUCUGAUUUUAAUAUCUGAACUCUAUCUCUAUCGGAACUGUGCAGCUUUGCAUAACAAAUAACUAUGUGUUAAA